AUGGAAGCGCGCCGCUGGGAAUAUAUGAGCCACGGCUACUUCAACACCCGCUAUCACUGGGGCUACGAGGAACAGGAAGAACGCGAGGUCAUCGAGCACAGCAAGGCGACGCAUCUGCGCCUCACCGGCCGCAAGCUGCGCGGCUGGUUCUCGCCCGCUGUUUCCAACACGCUGAACACGCCCGAUCUCGUGAAGGAAGCCGGCCUCGACUAUUUCUGCGACUUCUAUCACGACGACCAGCCGACCCCGCUCGCCACCAAACACGGGCCCGCUGAUCCACGUCCCCUACUCGAUGGACCUCAACGACGCGAUGAUCUACCGCCAGCCGGUCGAGGCGGAGGAAUUCGCCCAGAUGAUCAUCGACCAUUUCGACACGGUCUAUCGCGAGGGCGGCGAGAACGGCCGCGUCAUGUGCCUGGCGCUGCAUCCCUACAUGAUGGGCGCGCCGCACCGGCUGAAGCAUCUCGAUCGCGCGCUGUCCUACAUCCGCAAGCACAAGGAUGCCUGGGUCUGCACCGCCGAGGAAAUCCACGACUGGUAUGUCGCCAACGGGCUGAAACCCUACCAGCAGCAUCUCGGAAAGGACGCCUGACAUGA